UAUGAGAGUGGGAACCGCAGUAGCAGUCAAAAAGUGAUUCACGCUCGCGAACGCUAAGAGCAAUUUUAACAAAUAGAAAAUUAUUUCGCACUGCCGCCAGACUUACCAUUAGAAAAUUUAAAUAAUUUUAUAAGGCCGCCGCCGCGAGUAUUUUGGAAAGUGUAAAAUCUACAGCCCGCUACGUCUGCGUCGGCUCAAACAUUGACUGCGCGUGUGUACAUGCGUGUGUAUGUGUUUGUGUGAAAGGAGGAGGAGAAGCAACACACAAAAAAAAGUGUACAGACGACGCGCAGACGCAACGAUCUGCAGUGGCUAAUUAAAAGUACCGAAAAAACGGGAGUGAAAAUUAAUUAAUUACAGGCGGAAAUUUCGCCAAAAAGCUGAUCACGAGUUGGUUAACAAGCAGUAAACAGCGAUAAUAACAAAAUGGGUUGUGCCGUGAGUACAGCACGAGAUAAAGAAGCCAUCGAACGUUCCAAAAACAUCGACCGGGCGCUCAGAGCCGAAGGAGAACGCGCCGCCUCUGAGGUUAAGCUGCUGCUCUUGGGCGCCGGCGAGUCGGGCAAAUCGACAAUAGUCAAACAGAUGAAGAUCAUUCACGAGACGGGCUACUCGCAGGAGGAGUGCGAGGAGUACCGACGCGUCGUCUACAGCAACACCGUACAGAGUUUGAUGGUCAUAAUACGAGCGAUGGGCCGGCUAAAGAUCGAAUUUGCGGAUCCUGCAAAAACAGACAUUGCGCGCCAAUUCUUUACACACGCCUCGGCCGCCGACGAGGGCAUCCUGCUGCCGGAGAUCGUGCUGCUGAUGAAGAAGCUUUGGUCGGACGCUGGUGUGCAGCAAUCGUUUGCACGCUCGCGCGAAUAUCAGCUGAACGACUCGGCUGGCUACUAUCUGAACUCACUGGACCGCAUCGCGCAGCCCAACUACAUACCCACACAGCAGGAUGUGCUGCGAACACGUGUGAAGACCACUGGAAUCAUUGAGACGCAUUUCACUUGCAAACAGCUGCACUUUAAACUAUUCGAUGUGGGCGGACAGCGUUCGGAGCGCAAGAAGUGGAUUCAUUGCUUUGAGGGCGUGACAGCUAUUAUCUUUUGUGUGGCACUCUCAGGUUACGACUUGGUUCUGGCUGAGGAUGAGGAAAUGAAUCGCAUGAUUGAAUCACUGAAGCUCUUCGAUUCCAUAUGUAAUUCCAAAUGGUUUGUGGAAACAUCCAUUAUAUUAUUCUUGAACAAAAAGGAUUUGUUUGAGGAGAAAAUUAAGCGAUCUCCCCUAACGAUAUGCUUCCCAGAAUACACUGGUUCCAAUACAUUCGAGGAGGCCGCCAACUAUAUUCGCAUGAAGUUUGAAAAUCUCAACAAACGAAAAGACCAAAAAGAGAUAUAUACGCAUUUAACCUGCGCCACAGAUACAAACAACGUGAAAUUUGUAUUCGAUGCAGUCACUGAUGUCAUCAUCAAGAACAAUCUGAAGCAAAUCGGUCUUUUCUAAUGGGAGAGAGAGGGAGCAGCUUAUGCGAUUAAAGUGCGUCUUAGUAUUAAAGGAAAACGCGCAAACAUUUCCAUUACAUUAUAAUUAAUUAACUAUAAACAUAAAACCACAUAUUUGUAAUCUGUAUUUUAUGUAUAUACUCAUAUGUAUAUGCUUUCAAUACGAAUACGCUUUACAAGCUCUUGAGUUAUAUUUACUUACAUAUAUAUUUAAAACCGAUUUUUGUUGCCAGUAGUCGCGGAACAAAUAACCAACUGCAAUUAAUUAAGUUAACCGUUAAAAAUGCUAUAAGUGAACUAAUUAAAAUACGUAUCUACUGUAUGUAUGUAAUUUAACACAGUGUAAAGUAGACGCCAGGAGCUUGGUAAAGAUGGCUGUCCAGAUGUGUAGCCCACAGAUGUGGCCAGCUACCUUUGUGCUUAGUUAAGAUUUAAGUAAUUUAAUUAUGUGACAAAUUUGCAUGGCGUAAAAGAGGUGAACUUUCCAACAUUUGUUUACUUUAUCUUUUACGCGCUGCAUUUUCGGCACGUUUUCCAAUACUGUCAUGAAUUUGCCAAGAGCUUAGCGCACUAAAAAACAAAAACAAAAUAA